UGCAAUACGUUUAUUCUUAUUCACUUUCGGGAUGUUUUAGGUAUAAAAACUCUUCAAAGAGUCAAUGUUAAUCGGUUCAAGGAAUCUGUUCUCGACACAUAAAGGUUUGCAGACGCUGCAUGUGGAUUUGGCUGAAAGUUUGCCUGCAACUAAAGAGGCCCUUUGGAGAGGUGAAAGAUGAUUCCACCUGGAGAUAGUUUGUAUGCUGGUCGAAAAAGAAAAAAACCGAUUCAAAAACAGAAACCAGAGAAAGCAGGCUGGAAGUCGAACCCGUCCAAGCGACAUCGUGACCGUUUGAAUGCAGAACUGGACCGGCUGGCGAAUCUGCUGCCCUUCAGUGCGGAUGUCAUAUCCAAACUCGACAAACUGUCAGUGCUGAGACUCAGCGUCAGUUACCUUCGGGUGAAGAGUUUCUUUCAAGCGGUCCAAGAGAAAGAGAAUCACAGCAGUGAUGCCUUAAAUCCAGAACAGAUUCUGCCCCGUGUCAUGGAGAGUGACCUUGUGCUACAGACUCUACAUGGAUUUGCUCUGGUCGUGGGCACAGAUGGCAUUAUUUUCUACGCAUCAUCCACUAUUGUCGACUGCUUGGGAUAUCAUCAGACGGACGUGAUGCACCAGAACAUCUUUGAUUAUAUCCAUGUGGAGGAGCGACAUGAAUUCAGGAGACAGCUUCACUGGGCGAUGAACCCCAGCCAGCAGGAGUCCCACGCUGCCCAGAGAGCUGUUGAUGAGGAUGUUGUGAUGGGCCAUCUGUUCAGCGCUCAGGAGCCUGAUGGAGUUCCUCCUGAAUUGUCUCCAUUCCUCACGCGGUGCUUCCUCACUCGAGUCCGCUGCCUGCUGGACACCACCUCUGGCUUCUUGAGCAUACAGUUUCAGGGCCGUCUGAAGUUCCUGCUGGGUCAGAGGAGGAAGACGGACUCUGGAGCGCUCCUGCCGCCUCAGCUCGCUCUGUUCUGUGUGGCCGUUCCUCUGGUCCUGCCCUCCAUCACUGAACUCAAGAUGAAGAGCAUGAUGAUAAAGAGUAAACACAAAACCUCUCUCUGCAGUGAGAAGAGGCACCGUGUUUCUCAUGUCUCAUAUAAUAACGGAGACUUACUUUGCCAUAACUGGUCCAGCACUUCCUGUCCUGAUGGUCCCUGGUUAGCUCCGGCCCAUAGGAGAUACAGAGGAGAAAGCUGCAAAACCCAAGAGGAUCCGCUCCGCUUCUGUGUUUCCUCUCUGGGUGGUUCUAGACUACAGGCCAUGGAUGUUCCCUCGGAUGCCCGCUGUCCUGCUGUCUCACAGACAGGACCCGGUGAAAACUACCUGCCCAGCAGCUUCUACAAACACGGCCAUUCCAGAAAGUUACGAAUUGCCCCGGGUUAUAGCGUAGACCUGCAGAAACUCUGUGGCAACAAUGAGGUGGAGAGUUAUUGCGUUGAUGGGAAGGGAGAGAGAAGGUACACCAUGCAGAAUGAAUGUCACAACAUGAUACUCCCAGAAACGGCUAUUAAGACCGAACAAGAUUCAGACUCUCAAAAUGGGAGUGACGCUUAUGGGAUGCUCUGGCGCCACAAUACGACGUUUUCUGAGUAUCUACAGGUGAAAACAGAAGCUGAAUACUAUGACCACUACACCUCAUGUCAAAGGGGCAAUGCCACCAUAAGUCCUCCCAUAAAUAGACAGCACAAGUAUCUCUACGCAGGAGUGAGCAAACCUCAAACCAAAAAACAAAAGUGUGUCCUGAACAAAGACCCGAAUCACUUUGACUCUGUAAUUAGCAAUCAGGAUGGGUAUGUGUUUACAAAUGCCUCUGUUGAUCAUAAAAACUGCAUGCAGCAUGACAUCAGGUUGACUUAUGAGUUAAGAAGUCAAAAUCUCUUGCACACGAUCAAACGAGAGCCUAUUGACUCUCUGCCUUGGUCUGACAGUUGUCAUGGUGUUAGUCAAGGGUAUGCGCAACUAAACCACACUGAGAACACUGUACUACACAAAGCAAACUCAUUUGUUUACAUGCAGUGAACUGAAUAAUUCCAGCUUAUUAGAAAAGUCUUCUCAGACAAAACCUGCCUGUUAAAUCAAGUACAAAUGCUCAGGGUUUUUCGAUUCUUUGAGACAAAUGAGAAAAGUAGACAUUGGCUUUUAUAAGCUAUAAACCUCUUUUAUUUGGGUUUUAUAAGGUGAUGUGUUUUUUUAAAAGAGGUUUUGUAUUUUGGCUCUUUUAGGUUUAUAGAUGUCAAUUUUGAUUUGUUGAUUUACUUGUGAUACUCAUGUUGUCUCCUGGACUUUAUAGGGAAAAGAAUAAAUAAUAAUGGCCACAAUUUGAAUGUAUUUUUUUAUUACAGGGAUAAAAUGUAAGCUCACAAUGUAGGGAUAACAUUGUCAGUAUUUAGUAUAAAAUUGUGUAAAGAGAAAUAUAGAAUAUCCCCAUUGAA